AAUAAUAAAAGAAUUUAUGCUUUACAAACACAAAGUAUAUCAUAUGCCCCUCAGAGACUCCACGAGAAAAUAACGAGUCCUAAUCCUCCCUCAGUUAUGUACGUCUACCCUUCAGAUGGCGGCGGGGGAGAUGCUUCUCCAGAUAGUGCCGGACCUUGUUGCAACGGUCGUUCGGGUUCCAAUCAGGACCGAGCCACCUCUCUGGUAACACCGCCAGCUUCACGACGAGUUGCCAGUGGUACUGCACACCAUCCCCAGCAAGGCUGUGGAGCACUGGAAGGUCAUGAAGGAGCCCUAGUGGCACCUAGUGGGGCCCAGAGAAGACGUAGCAACGGAGGAGAAUCUAUGAGCCAUUUGACAAGAGAGGAGAGGCGAAGGCGGAGAAGAGCGACCCAAAAAUAUCGCUUGGCCCAUGCCACACGAGAGAGGAUUAGGGUGGAAGCAUUCAACGUCGCUUUUGCAGAGCUGAGGAAAUUAUUACCAACUCUACCACCCGAUAAAAAGUUGUCUAAGAUAGAGAUUUUGAGACUGGCCAUUUGUUACAUAGCGUACCUCAAUGAUGUAUUAGAUGUAUGAUAAAAGGUUUGUUUGGGCAAUUUAGAAAUCAUAGCUAAGAAAUCACUGGCUUAAAUUAAGAAUCAAAGAAGCUGUUCUCAGUGUUAGUUAAUUUUUUAAAGCAAUGCAAAAUAAGUUUAGGCAGGCACAUUUAUGCAAAUGUUGAUACAAUAUAUGAAACCGAUUUUCAAUGAACCAUCUAUGACAUUCUCUCACUUUUCUUUCCCUCAUAAAAUAAAUCUUUACAAUUCCAAACUAUCAGGACAUAAUAUAGCGUCUACGGUUCUUAAAACUAUUAUUGUAGUAAAUUAAUGAAUUGCUAAUCAUUGUCUUGAGAUGAAAUAAGCUUUGGUCUAUCUUAAGAUACAAAUCUCAUAAAAUAAUAGAAAAUAAAUUGAUGCUACUUUUAAUUCCUGUUUUGGAAAAUGCAUUUGUUGUUAAGAUGUGUUAUCUUUGCUUUCUGUCAUUCUUUCAUCUGAAAUGCCAAUGUAGAUCAAUUUGUUGAAACUGGUAACUUCCCUGCUUGUAUUAUUCCCUUGCAGGUAAAGCUCUUGCAUAAGAUAAGGAGAGAGAGAACUUAUUAAGUGUACAUGGCAAUAAAAUGCGGGUCUUUGAAGUAAAUAUAGUGAGGAUAUGCAAGAAAGUAGCUGUUCUUUUGAAAGUGUUAAAAUAUCGGUUAAAAAUUAUGCAUCUUGGUAGAUUAGAAAGUUUAGAAGAAAUUAUUAGAGCAAGUACUGUAGUUCAGAAACCACGAAAUACUUUCAAAAAUCAAAAAGCUUCUUUGGAGACCUAAGAAAAAUCUGUCACGACAAAUAUAUAAACAUAGUUUCCUUUAAAAAACUUAGAAAUUAUGUUCAAAUAAACUUAGAACACGGUACCUUAAAGAUUCUAGUUCUUAGCUUAAAGCAAGUGUAUAGAAAUGCAGUUAUUCAAAAUAAGAAACUUGUCAACUUGUCUUUACUAUAAACUCAGGAAAGACUGUUGAAGGCCAGAAGCUCAGCAACUUUCUUGGUAUCUUACGUAGUCCAUCCUUGAUGUCUUAAAUGAAAGUAUUCCUCUGAAAUUGUAUAAUCUAGCGUCCCAAUGUUAUGAUCAACAUCGUUUAAGAGCUAAUGUGGUCCCACAUCCUGAUGUUGCUCAACUGUAGAUUAAAUUUCUGUUUCAGUGAUAAAACAUGAAAAAAUAUUAAUUUAAUGUGAAAAAUGAAUGCAAAAAUUUGUAGAAAAAAUAUGUUGUGUAUAAGGAUGCUUUAGAACAACUUUUCUUUAAAUCUGUAUGUUCUUAAUGUAAUUAAUGUAAGAUUGGUUUACUUAACUUUCAAGCUGGUAAGGUACGGAUUCCCAGGAUAUGACGAUCAAGUUUAAAUUAACGUUUAUUUAUAUAUUUCAGGAAUAUCUAAUGAUUAUUUUAUUUACCAGAGGGAUAUCAGUUGUAUCUUGGUAUCCUUCUCAUUACAUUGAAAACAAUGAAAGCAUUUCAUAGUGAAAUAUAAUAUUAAUAAUCAUAUCCAUAAAUAAAUGUUAAUAUGCUUUCAAAGUGUGUACAAAGAAUAUAGUUUUAUCUCUUGGUCUAUGGGAUCCCAUCAUACCAGUUACGCACAAGGUUUUCAUCCUAAUUUAAAUUCGAAGCAAAAAUGAGUAAUUUAUUAUAAAUAUUUGCUUGAUUUUCGGCUCAUUUCUUACUGCUAAUACUUUUGAAUUGUUAACUAUUUUGUUGUUAAGUAAUUUCAGCUCAAGCAUAUAUAGAAUGUAUUUGUCAAAUGCUAUGUAAGCCAAAAGUGCAAUCUAUGUUUAUAAAUAUAUUUUUAAUUAUUGUAUAUUUUUAUUUAUUUAUAUAUUAAAAGCCAUGUUCUAGUCUUAAUAGCUUUAAUUUAAUGUGAAAUAUUUUGUUUUUAAGUUGCAUUUUUUAUGAAAUACAUAUCAAAAGUGUACAAAGUAUAUGCUGUUGGAAUUAGCAGCUUAUGUACAAUUGAAUAGUAUGAAAUGAAAGCAAUAAAAUAAUAACAACGAA